ACGAAUGAAAAAACGAUCGCACGGACCGCAUGUCAGAUUUUGUCCAUCAGAAUCCUGUUUGUUGUUAAACAUUUUGUUGGCAUAUUUCAAUAAGUUCUGCAUUUUGCAACAUAUUCAAUCAGAAACUUGACUUGCUAAAAGUAACGGAAAGCCAUGUCCUUCACAGUUAAGAAUGAACCAAUCAUUGUCGAGGACGACGAUGAUUACGAUUACGACAAAAUGUUCAAUCUGCAGUCAUUGAAGCAUCAACCAGAAGAUGAGUCCCAUAAUCCCGAUUUAUUCUGCGCUCUUUGUCUACGCCAGCGCACCUCAAGCAGUAAAUUCUACGAGUACCAGAGCGAGGAUUGUUCCACGUUUUGCGAAUAUAUUCGAGAUUUGCUCGGAUUAGAGCUGAAUAUCCACCAUUUGUACGUGUGUAUGCCAUGCUGUAAGAUGGUUGAGAUGGUGGACAGUUUCAAGCAGUGCUGCCUCAAGGCCCGAGGUUGGAUGGACCGAGUUGGAGACGGGUUGAAAUGUGAGGACGAGUGGUUUACUGAGGAGACUUAUCAAACGAUUGAAAGGAUUGACGAAACUAUUCGAAUCCAUUCGAAGCUACUGGAGCCAGCUGAAAGCGGCAUUCAAGCACGGGGAUAUUUGGGUGGUGAACACGUUGAUCAGGAUGUCAUUUCCAUAAACAGUGACGAUGAGGAUGAAACUGAAUUAGGCACUGCCAAAAAUGAGCCUGAGCCGACGGAAUUUCCCUACGGGAUCGCAAUCGGAAUGGACAACUCAGAGGACAUAUAUUACAUGGAAUCGGAAUCGUCCAACUCAAUCGCGCCAGUGAUGAUCUCUCAAGAACGAAUGAAAGUACGAAAACGCUCUUAUACAACAUGUAAAUGUGUCAUUUGCGGUGCCAUAUUGUCCAGCAAGUUUAAUUUGAAGGAACAUUUGUUCAUUCAUGGGGAACCCACUCAGCAGUGUAAAUUUUGUGAUAAGAGAUUCAAGCAAAGAACCAACCUUCUGCGGCACCAUCGGAAGAAACAUAGCGACAUUCCUUCGCGGAAUUUGUAUCCUCCUCCAGAACAUCAACUUUAAAAAUGAUUUGCUUGAAAAAAAUA